ACAGCCAGAGUCUCCACAGAACUAGGAUAUCGGGUCCUUCUGACUGAAACCUGGAGCUACUGCCUAGAACAUCAGCAAGUACAAGUCUGAGAGAAAGAGAGAGUGAGGAGGAGAGAGAGAAGAGUCCAGGCAAGGAGAUGGAAAACUGAUCAUGUCCAAACCCAUCGGUCCUUAGUGGGAACAAAAAGGAGCGAGGACAAGCCAAAGGAUACUACAGUUUACGUUGCCAUGGAAACCAAAACCUGGAAGCGGACGCCAGGACCAUUGAGGGUGGACAACCUCCCCUGACUGCAUCCUCAACACAGUACUAUCCCGCUGCACGCUGUGGCAAGAGAAUGCUUUGGAGAAUCACUCUUCCAGUCCUAUUGGCUGGGGUGCUUUGCAUCACCGCGGAGACCAAGAAGCUCCGCCCCCAGGGUUCUAUCCCAUCCCCAUACAAGAACAAAGGGAACCUUUCCUCAGAACGUCACCACCGGCAAUUGCCACGGAAACCAGAAGUGCUGUCCUCCAGCCGGGAGGCCCUAGUGGUGACGGAGCGCCGCUACCUCCGCAGGGACUGGUGCAAGACCCAGCCGCUCCGUCAGACAGUCAGUGAGGAGGGCUGCCGCAGCCGCACUGUGGUCAACCGUUUUUGCUAUGGCCAGUGCAACUCAUUCUACAUCCCCCGCCAUAUGGGCCCCAGUGUGGGCCAUAGCCAAAAUCGUGGCCCCGUGUCUGGCUCUGGAAGGAGAAGCCACAACAAAGCCCAGGAGCCGUUCCAGUCCUGCUCCUUCUGCAGGCCGCACCGCAUCACACAGCUCACAGUGCAGCUGGACUGCCCAGGUCUGCAGCCCCCUUUCAGACACCGUAAGGUCCAGAGGGUCAAACAGUGCCGAUGUAUGUCUGUGGAUGUGAGCGGCCAUGGGAAAUUGUAGAAGGAACUUAAAAGGAUUUUUUCUUAAGUUGAACUGACAUAAAAUCACAUAAUAUGAGUGUUGACAUGAACAUGGACAGAGAUCCCCAAAUUUCUCCUCCAAGGAGAGAUUGGCCUCCAACUGAACUAUCCUGCAGGCCUCUGGCUGGCCCCAUUCUAAAGUGACUUCAGAGAGAUGGAACCGGCAUUAUCAAACGAUGGCUCAGCCUUGACUUCAUCACAGACUGGCAGCUAUAGUGGCUGGCUGUCGAUCUUUAAUGGGACAAGUGACAACAGACACUGUUAAGAGACACUGGUCAGAGUCAAUGUGCAGUAGACACUGAUGAUGAAGCGGCAAAUCUCUGACAAGCUCAGUGUUCCUCCUCUUCUUUCUAAGAAGUUAAAGAGUGUUUUGUAGGUUCAGUUUGCAAGACAAACAGUAACAACUAUUUGUACAUGUCUGGUUGUCUUCUCAUUACUUUGUUUCCUUUCUGAUGAAGGAGUUAUCUAACAGUCAUCGUGAAAGUUUUAAUGACAGAAAGGAGAGACCAUGCGAAUAAUGUAAUGCCUUAAAUGAGGAGGGACCCGAAAAGCAAAGAACAUAAUUCUUUAAAAUUACUCUGUGUAAUAAGAGAUGAUUUUCUGCUAGUUCUGCCUCAUUAGGGAGUUCACCUAAGAAGCCAGUAAGGUUUUUAUUUUGACAGACAGACUGUCUUGAAAUUGCCUGUUGUUUAACAUUGUAACUUAUAACCUGUAACUUUUAUUUUUAACCUUUAUGGUGUCCCCAGUGAUAUGCAAUUUGAUGUCAAGGAAAAUCUUUCAAAAACCAUUUUGCAACACAGACAUAACAAGUGGCAUCUAUCUGCUUGGGCAUA